AUGUGCCUAUUUCAGAAGAAAUACCAAGAGUUCAUCGCGCUUGCUCAACGCCUGCAGAUUCGAUACGUUUGGAUUGACUCGCUCUGUAUCAUUCAAGAAGGCGACGACGGAGAGGACUGGCGAGCCGAGGCCCUUACUAUGGACCAGGUUUACCAAAACUCGUUUUGCAACGUCUCCGCGGACUGGGGAUCAGGUAAACGCGGCUUGUAUUUUGAGAGAGACUUGCGGUUGAUGGAUAAGCCUCACAUUGACUGGAAGGUCAGACAUAAGUUCCCGGAAGUCCUUCGAGAAGGAGACGUUAUUUUCAAGGCUGCCUUGAGCAAGCUUCAGAUGACACCGAGCCGGCAAACUGCACUCGAGCCCGCUACUCCAGGCACCGAACUCUACGACGCAUGGGGCGACGUAUUGGAAAAAAAUUCCAGUUGCAAUCUGACUUUUGCGAGUGAUCGCGCCGUCGCUUUUGCUGGCAUUGCCAAAUUCUUUAGAGCGCUGGUUGAUGACAACUACGUCGUCGGGCUAUGGCUUCGGAACCUCGCUUCCGAGAUGAUGUGGUAUCGAGACCGGUUGCUCACCAAAGCGGUCAUCGAAGAGCCUCGAGAUCGACUCAGCUUAUUUCAACACGAUCAGGCACACCAAUAUCGGGCUCCCAGCUUUUCGUGGGCAUCUACAGCGGUACCAGUCGCGCCGAACCAUGCAAAAGGCAACUCGGGCUUCUUGGCUGCCGUGAAAUGCGUUAAAUAUCGCGACACUCAGAACGCAUUGGUGGAAGAGUGGACUGAUGAUUUAAACACUAGAGAAGCAACUCUCGACUUUCAGCUCGAUAACGCCGAUAUAGCAGCAUGGGCCGCCAAGGAUAACUUGUAUUAUAUACCGUGGCAAGAUCAUUGGAAAUCCUAUCUGCCUGCAGAUAGCACUAGGGAACAUCCGGACGAUGAUUUUCUCACAUGCCUUCUUCUUGAAUUGGUCGACGCUCAGAUGAGUCGAUUUCGGAGAAUUGGGCGGCUAUACAUCAAUGACAAGUCGCAGAGAAGGCUAUACAUUGCGAAGCAAGAGAACGAGGCCAAUUUGCCCUGCGCGCACUAUGAUGCUACGACCAGGCGCCACACUAUAUAUAUCAUUUGA